GAGGUUUUCUUAUCGACAAACUGGCUAAGGGAGUGUAGCAUAGUGGUGGUGGUGGUGGUGAUAGCAAGCUGGCGAAUAUUAGGUGGAUGCGGUACCGAAAAUUUAGCUUACAGCUCCCUUGCGGCCUUGCCUUCAACAGACAGUCCCUCCGCUUGUCACCAGCUGGGCAGUGACAGACACAGCUGAUAGGGAUGCUGGGUGGCUGGCCUUAGGGAAGCAUGUGUACUGGCCGCCUCGGAACACUGCUGGGACGGACCCCUGACCUCAUUCCCUGUUGUCUCUUAGUGUUCUUGCCAUAUGAGAACACCCAGACGCUCCACCCUUGUUAGUUGUUAAAGAUGUCGGAUGUCAGCUUACUAGACACACUAAAAUGGAGUAUAGGUGGCAUAUCAUCCCUGGCCAUGAUGUUUGGGGGCGUAGUCCCUUACAUCCCUCAGUACCUGGAGAUCCGUCGCACAGAAAACACCGAAGGGUUUUCUCUCUACGUCUGCCUCGUGCUUCUGGUGGCUAAUACUCUAAGAAUAUUGUUUUGGUUUGGCCAUUGGUUUGAGCUCCCACUGCUUUUUCAAAGUGUCAUCAUGAAUGUCGCAAUGAUGAUGCUCAUAUCGCUGUGUGUGUCCAUCCGUAAGAGAGGACAGCUCAUACAUAGCAAAGAACAUGUAUUUACUGAUUUUGACUAUGACUUCUUCUGGGAGUGGACUGACAUGCAAUCCUAUGUGGAAUUCAUGCUGACGUUCUCCACGAUGGGCUGCCUCCUCAUGUACCUGUUCAUUGACUCAGCAGUGUUUGUGGAAACCGCCGGCUUCAUCUCGGUGCUAACAGAGGCGCUUCUUGCUGUGCCACAGUUCUACAAGAAUUUUAUCACUAAGUCUACCUUUGGAAUGAGCCGCCAGAUGGUGCUGAUGUGGCUAGUGGGAGACACAUUCAAGACGGUGUACUUCUGGCUUCGCUCAUCUCCGCUUCAGUUUUUUGUGUGUGGUUGCUUGCAAAUUGCCAUUGAUAUUCUAGUCCUCGGGCAGUGCUUUAUAUAUAGGAAAAAGAACUCACACCUAAUUAAUUGAAGGUGUUUGAACAUAAAGACAGCUUUUCUAUUAGUUCAUUCCUUGAUACAUUUAGAAGAGUAAGUUUUCAUAUAUUUCUCUCACCUUGAUUUUAAGAAAAUACCUCAGAAUCAAAUGUAACUGCCUCUAAUUUAUCUAUAGAUCCAGCAAUCUCAAAUUUUCAGGUCUUUUAGCUUUGUGACUCACAUACAGUGUUUAAAUGAGUUUUAGUACUUACAAGAGUGGCAUGGAAAUUCAAAAGUUAAAAUACAAUACACAUACUAUAGAGCUUUCUAUAUGGUAAUGUAUGUACUGUAUUACUCUUGAAAUAUUCUUUUAUAUUACAGAACAAAGGUAUUUAUUUUUUUUAUGCUUAUUUAAUUUUAUAGUUAAGUUAAAACCUGCACAAGUGCCUUUCCCUCUUGGGAAGUAUACACUGCCUCCAUUCGACAACAAGUAAUAAAGCCAUAUCAGGUUGUAUCUACUACGGAUGCCUUAUGAGAUGUUAGUCGCGUCCUGAAAGGUGCUGCACGUUUGUUCCUGGACGAGUUGUAACCAGUAGGAUAAUGACUAAGUGAAUGCUCCAUUGUUGUUUUUAUAAUUAGGUUGUACUGUGUCCAGUAAAGAUUUUAUCUUU